GCUGGGCCAGGAGGAUCAUGUGAAUGCGACCCGAGGGCUCCCGGGCUGGGCAGGGACCAUGGGCUGUGGCUGCAGCUCCAACCCUGAAGAUGAUUGGAUGGAGAACGUUGAUGUGUGUGAGAAUUGCCAUUACCCUAUAGUACCACUGGAUGGCAAAACCACGCUACCCAUCCGAAACGGCUCUGAGGUGCGGGACCCACUGGUCACCUACGAGGGCUCCAUCCCACCCGCCUCACCAUUGCAAGACAACCUGGUGAUCGCCCUGCACAGCUAUGAGCCUUCCCAUGAUGGAGACCUGGGCUUCGAGAAGGGUGAACAGCUCCGCAUCUUGGAGCAGAAUGGUGAGUGGUGGAAAGCGCAGUCCCUGACCACGGGCCAGGAAGGCUUCAUCCCCUUCAACUUCGUGGCCAAAGCAAACAGCCUGGAGCCUGAGCCCUGGUUUUUCAAGAGCCUGAGCCGCAAGGACGCCGAGCGGCAGCUGCUAGCGCCGGGGAACACGCACGGCUCCUUCCUGAUCCGCGAGAGCGAGAGCACGGCGGGAUCGUUUUCACUCUCGGUCCGAGACUUCGACCAAAAUCAGGGAGAGGUGGUGAAACAUUACAAGAUCCGUAACCUGGACAACGGCGGCUUCUACAUCUCCCCGCGCAUCACUUUCCCGGGCCUGCACGAGCUGGUCCGCCAUUACACCAACGCCUCAGAUGGGCUGUGCACGCGGUUGAGCCGUCCUUGCCAGACACAGAAGCCCCAGAAGCCCUGGUGGGAGGAUGAAUGGGAGGUUCCCCGGGAGACGCUGAAGCUGGUGGAGCGCCUGGGGGCUGGCCAGUUCGGGGAGGUGUGGAUGGGAUACUACAACGGGCACACCAAGGUGGCGGUGAAGAGUCUGAAGCAGGGCAGCAUGUCUCCCGACGCCUUUCUGGCAGAGGCCAAUCUCAUGAAGCAGCUGCAGCACCAGCGGCUGGUCCGGCUCUAUGCCGUGGUCACCCAGGAGCCUAUCUACAUCAUCACGGAGUACAUGGAACACGGGAGCCUGGUGGACUUCCUCAAGACCUCUUCGGGCAUCAAACUGACCAUCAACAAACUCUUGGACAUGGCAGCCCAGAUUGCCGAUGGCAUGGCAUUCAUCGAGGAGCGGAAUUACAUCCACCGGGACCUGCGGGCCGCCAACAUCCUGGUGUCGGACACCCUGAGCUGUAAGAUUGCAGACUUUGGGCUGGCACGCCUCAUUGAGGACAACGAGUACACAGCCAGGGAGGGGGCCAAGUUUCCCAUCAAAUGGACAGCACCAGAAGCCAUUAACUAUGGGACAUUCACCAUCAAAUCAGAUGUUUGGUCUUUUGGGAUCCUGCUGACAGAGAUCGUCACCCAUGGCCGAAUCCCCUACCCAGGGAUGACGAAUCCAGAGGUGAUUCAGAACCUGGAGCGAGGCUACCGCAUGGUGCGACCAGACAACUGUCCCGAGGAGCUGUACGCCCUCAUGACGCUGUGCUGGAAGGAGCGCCCGGAGGACCGGCCCACCUUUGACUACCUGCGCAGUGUCCUGGAGGACUUCUUCACAGCCACAGAGGGCCAGUACCAGCCCCAACCUUGACGGGCCUGGUGACCGGGCCCGAGAAAACUUCCCGCAUCUAGCCACCUGCAUCUCAGCCUGACUCCGGGGGUGCAGUUUGAGUGCUCUGCUCACUCGGCCUGUGUACUUCAGGACUCUGCACCCAUGGGCACCCUGUCCACAUGUACCACACACACAUCUUGGUCUCUGUACAUGUCUGUAUUCCUGUGGGCUCUUCACACAUGCCUUGUACAUGUGUGACCUCUGCCUAUGUGUCUCUUUCUGAGACCACAAGCGAAAGGACAGAGGCCUGUGACUGACGUGAGCUUCUGCCCCAUUCCCUUGCCUUUCCCCAAAUCCCCUGGAAACUCCCAGAGGGCUGGGACCUGGCUGAUACCUCUGAGGGCUCCUCCUCGUGCCUGACACACCUCAGGAGCUCAAUAAAUGUCUAUUGGUUGA